AUGACUUUCUUUCCUCUAUUUCCUCUCCUUUUAUUCCUCCCUUUCUGCUUUACAUCAUUUGCUUUUGGAGCCACUCUACAAGAAGAUGAAGUGCAAGCUCUGAAAGACAUAGCUAACACAAUUGGGAAGCAGAAUUGGGACUUCAGCGUAGAUCCAUGUAGCGGAAAGAGUAACUGGACAUCACCUAUUCAAUUACAAGCAUCAGAAAAUGCUGUCAAAUGCAAUUGCUCUUUUAACAAUAACACUCUCUGCCAUGUUGUUAGCAUUGUUUUAAAAGCACAAAAUCUUUCUGGUACUCUCCCACCGGAUCUUGUCAAGUUAGCUUAUCUCCAAGAAAUUGACCUCACCCUCAACUAUCUGAAUGGUACAAUCCCUAAACAAUGGGCCACCUUAAAACUAGUCAACGUUUCCUUCUAUGGGAACCGUCUAACGGGUCCAAUUCCAAAGGAGCUUGGAAGCAUCACCACUCUCAAAAGUUUGGUAUUGGAGUUCAACCAAUUGUCUGGAAAUCUUCCUCCAGAGCUUGGGAAUCUUUCCCAGAUUGAAAGACUGCUUCUUACCUCCAACAACUUCACUGGAGAGUUACCUGCAACUUUUGUUAGGCUCACUGCAUUGAAGCAUUUUCGAAUUGGCGACAAUCAAUUCUCUGGACCAAUACCCAAUUUUAUACAGAACUGGACAAAUCUUGAGAUGCUCGUGAUGCAAGGGAGUGGUUUGAGUGGGCCAAUUCCUUCUGGAAUUUCACUUUUGAAAAACCUUACUGACUUGAGAAUUACUGACUUGAAUGGAUCUGAUUCGCCUUUUCCACAACUGAAUAAUAUGACAAAUUUGGUGCAACUAAUCUUGAGAAGUUGCAAUAUUAUUGGAGAAAUGCCCGAAUAUAUUGGAAUGUUGACUAAUCUGAAAGUGAUAGAUCUCAGCUACAACAAAUUAAGUGGUCAAAUCCCGAUAAGCAUGGACGGUUUAAAGAAUUUGUAUAUGCUCGUUUUAUCAGGGAAUCUUAUGUCUGGCUCGCUGCCUGACUGGAUAGAUAAACCAGACUUUGUAGAUCUCUCAAAUAACAACUUCAGUAUUAUAAACUUAGAGCAGCAGACUUGUCAACAAGGAAGCGUGAACUUGUUUGCCGCCUCUUUGAACGGCAACAACUUUGCUAAUUUGUUCUUCCCCCCUCCGUUUUAUCUUCUCAGAGGAAAUAUUUCAUGUUUGGCAAACUAUCACUGUCCUAAAACUUGGUACUCAAUCAAUAUAAAUUGUGGUGGAAAGCUUGUAACUUCCAAUGGAAAUAAGACAUAUGAUGAUGAUUCGAGUGAGAUGGGGCCAGCAAGGUUUCGUCAAACUGGAACGAAUUGGGCAAUUAUCACUGCUGGUCACUUCUUUGAUAGUGGUCAGCCUGACUACUAUACAUGGUCUAAUACAACAAAGCUUGCUGUGGACAAUGCUGAACUGUACAUGGAUGCACGUGUUUCUCCAAAUUCUCUGACUUAUUAUGGAUUUUGUCUUGGAAAUGGAAACUACACAGUGAAUCUCCAUUUUGCAGAAAUAAUGUUCACUAAUGAUACAACAUAUAGUAGCUUGGGAAGGCGUGUAUUUGACAUCUAUAUUCAGAGAAAGUUGGUGGCAAAGGAUUUCAAUAUUGUAAAAGAAGCAGGGGGUGUUGGUAAGGCAGUCAUUAAAACGUUUACUGCUGUUGUGACUAGUAAUGCCUUAGAGAUCCGCUUAUAUUGGGCUGGGAAAGGAACAACUACUAUCCCAUUUGGAUCAGUAUAUGGUCCUCUUAUAUCAGCUAUAUCUGUUGAUCCCGACUUUACUCCCCCGUUGGAAAAUAAUGGAAGAAGCAUACCUGUAAGGGUUGUGGUUGCAAUUGUGGCUGCAGGAGUAAUUGUUAUCAUCUUGGUAAUUGGUAUACUAUGGUGGAAGGGCUGUUUAAGACUAAAAAGUUCAAGGGCAGGAGAGCUAAAGGGUUUAGGUUCACAAACUGGCUUAUUUACAUUGCGGCAAAUCAAAGCAGCAACAAACAACUUUGAUGAAUCCUUCAAGAUUGGAGAAGGAGGGUUUGGUCCUGUUUACAAGGGCACUCUGUCAGAUGGUACAAUAGUAGCAGUUAAGCAGCUUUCUUCUAAAUCAGCGCAAGGGAAUCGUGAAUUUAUAAAUGAGAUAGGAAUGAUUUCUGCUCUGCAACACCCUAAUUUAGUCAAGCUCUACGGCUUUUGUAUGGAGAAGGAUCAAUUGUUGCUGAUAUAUGAAUACAUGGAAAACAAUAGCCUUGCUAAUGCUUUAUUUGUCAGAAAAGAAGACCCAGAGAAACGUCAAUUGAGAUUGGAUUGGCAAACAAGGCAGAGAAUUUGUGUUGGUAUUGCUAAAGGUUUAGCUUACCUUCAUGAAGAGUCAAGACUAAAGAUCGUUCACAGGGACAUCAAAGCCACUAAUAUACUGCUGGAUAAAGAUCUCAACCCAAAGAUAUCUGAUUUUGGUUUGGCUAAGCUCAAUGAAGAGGACAAUACCCACAUAAGCACCAGAAUAGCUGGCACUUAUGGGUACAUGGCUCCUGAGUAUGCAAUGCAUGGCUAUUUGACGGACAAAGCAGAUGUUUAUAGUUUUGGAAUUGUUGCUUUGGAGAUUGUUAGUGGAACGCACAACUCCAAUAGCCAUCCUAAAGAAGAAUGCUUCUCUCUUCUUGAUUGGGUGCGUCUCUUGAAAGAAAAAGGUAAUAUAACGGAACUUGUUGAUUGGAGGUUGGGUGAAGACUUCAACAAAGAAGAGGUAAUGGUGAUGAUCAAUGUGGCUCUUCUGUGCACCAGUUUCUCUCCGAUGCUCAGGCCCACCAUGUCUUCAGUUGUAAGCAUGCUUGAAGGAAAAACUGUUGUUCAAGAGGUGGUGUCAGCCACAAGUGAGGAAUUGGAUGAUAAGAAAUUUGAAGUGAUGCGACAGUAUUACCAAAAGAGAGGAGAAAAUAGCUUAAGAGAGACUCAGAGCCAGAGUAUCUCAACAGAUGAAUCUAAUGCAUUUAUAGGUGAUACAGAUUCUUCUUAUUGGGAAAACAGAAAUUAAGGAACCUAUAGAAGUUUAGUUAAUGCAUCUAUUUCUUCUGUUUCAUGUAAGGACAUAGGCAAGGGGUAAUAUAGAAGGUCCAAAGCACCUGGGCGAUGAAGGAUAAAGGUGGCUUGUUGAAAUGGUUAAUAAAUCCAUCUUUAUAAUUUUAGGAAUGCCAACCUCAAAAUGUUUUAAA